AUGUUCUUCUUCAACUCGCGCAUUAUAUCCAGUUCCGGAGGCACCUAUGGUGACAAUAGCGACCUCAACGUCGCUGAGUUGAAAGCUAUCAUGAAGAACCUCAUCAUUCAUGAUCGUCCCCAGAAGACCCAAGCCGCUGUGUGGGCUACUGACCUCGACAAGUCGACCAAGAAGCAGUUCCAGAGCCCCUUCGAUAGCGCCCCAUACACGCUUCAGCCCGGGUCGUCGAUUCGCAACUUUAACGUUCGUAUUGGCUCGACUCAGGUGUUCGAUAUCAGUCAUGACUAUGAUUUCCACCACUUCACUAAUGAGAUUGCUAAAAUCUCUUCGAUCAAUGGUGACCUGACUCCUGAGCUUGUCAAUGGUCUACUUGACUAUCAGACGUGGUCGCUCACAAACCGCAUGCUUAUUGCCGAUGUCAGUCGCCUGACUGAGCGCGAUGUACCCCAGGCUAUUCAGAUCCAAGUCGCGCUCCCUCGCUCCUCCGCAGCCAUGUCCAAGCGCGCGCACUCCAAGAUCUCGUCGGGCGGCGUGCUCAACAGCAUGCUCAGCUCGCUGUCGCGCACGAACGAGUCGGCGCUCACGGCCAAGAAGGCGGAGGCGCAGGUGGCCAAGCUCACGGCCGGCCGCGGCCAGACCAUCGCCGUGGACGACAACUCGGCCGCGCCCGACGCCGCCAUCGCCCAGUUCCUUCAGGACAUGCGCGCGCUCAUCGACGAGAAGGGCUUCGGCGCCAACGUGGAGGUGGAGCUGCGGCUCGGCCGCAUCACGUCGUGUCUGCAGGAGGCGCGCUGCCGCCCGUCCCAGGAGGGCGUGGACGCCGCCGUGGUGCUCUCGGACGCGCAGAUGAAGGCCGUGGGCGCCAAGUUCGUCCCCGGCGUGGCCGAGCUGGACUACAAGGGCUUCGUGCGCGGCGUGGAGGGCAUGCUGCGCGGAGACGCCUACUCGGAGCACAAGGAGAAGCAGGUGGUGCACAACAUGGCGCAGUCCAAGCGCGUGGUGCAGGACGUGGACCCGCAGAGCAACAUGCGCGGCAAGCCCAUGGUGCAGGUGAAGGAGCGCCUCGGUUCCAUCGACAUCUUCAUGCCGCACUGCCAGUACGACUGCCGCGUGUCUAUCUCGUGCGAGUUCCCUAUGCGGGAGCUGGAGGGAGACAUGAGCGAGAUGCCGGCGGCCGAGAACAUCCGCCACAAGGACCGCGUCUCAGCCGUCGGACGGGACCUGCGUGUCGACCUCACCAAGGUGCUCGAGGAGAGCACGAACAAGAAGUCGUACGAGGUGGAGGUGGAGCUCAGCGAGCCGGCGGUGAACGGGUGGCUCAGCCAGCCCGAUGAAAACGGACAGAGCUGGAAGAGCGCGAUCGAGACGUCGUCCUUGCUGUGGAAGAUGGUGAAGUACUUCAUGCCGAACUCUGGCCAGGCGUUCAAGCGCCACUGGGACUUCCCAGGCGCCACUGAGGUGCAAAACGCCUACCAGGGCCGUCUGGGCAUCCGCGGCAAAUUCAGUGGCACGAUGCCCGUGGGCUUCGCGCGUUGGCAUAUUCCACUUGUGCAGAGUCGCGAGUACUUCGUUUCCGAGAAGACGGACGGCGUUCGCUAUUUCCUGGUUGUAGCCGGAGGCACUACAGUGCUGGUAGACCGCUCCAACUCCCCUUUUGCCGCAUCGGGCUUGGACUUGUUGAAGUUGGUGCUGCCUGAAGGCACGGUGCUCGAUGGCGAACUUGUGUUCCACCAGAAGGACAAGCGCUACGUGUUCAUCGCUUUCGACAUAAUCGCGACAGGUCCUUCGGCAGAGGACUCUCACGUGGACAAGCCGUUCGUCGAGCGUCUCAGGAUAUUGAACGAUUUCCUGUCGGAAGAGGGCCCUUAUGCUUCGGGCAUUCGUAACCUGGACAUCAACCGGCACGCGAUCAUGCUGAUCUUGCGCAAGAAGUGGGUGCCGCACCGCCACAUCAUGGAGGUGUUCCGUCAGAUCCAGCGAGUCCAGAAGCGCGACCACAGCAUGGCGCGCAUCUACAGUGACGACAAGCGUGUGCACUACACGGAUGGUGUGGUGUUCUGCCCCAACACGAAAUACGUGACCAACACGCACCAGGAAUACCUGAAGUGGAAGUGGUCUGACCUGAUCACUGUGGACUUUAUGGCCACGUUGAACCAGGCAGGCGACGGCGUUCAGCUGUCGUGCGGUGGCCCUCGCAACACGCACAUUGAGCUGGAUUCGAUUGUGCGGCUGGACCCCAAGGACGUGCCCAUCGUGGAGAAGCUGGUUUCAAGGACGCCCAACCGCCAAGCAGUGCUCGAGUUUGCUUUUAACGCAGACAAGGGUCUGUGGAACUACAAGUGCGCGCGCCCUGACAAGGACUGCGCCAACUACAUCCGUACGGUGCUCGGUUCGCUUGUAAAUAUGGCUGAAGGUAUCUCAGAGGAAGAGCUGCAGUACCGACUUACGAACCCGAACGGCCAGGAAUGGAACAGCCACAUGAAGCGCAUGCGCCGUUCACUGCUGGAGCAGCACAAGUAA